AUGGCGUUAUUAAAGUGGAGACUGAAGACCCUGAAGAUUGAAGAAACAUUCACAGUCAAACAGGAAGAUCUGCAGGAACAAACAGACCUGAUGGUACUGAAAGAAGAGACUCAUCAACAGAAUGAAAUAGAAGAGAAACAGCAGAAACCCCCAAAAAUAAUGACUGAUGAAAAACCUACACUGACUAAAAAGACUUCAUCACACGGAAGACCUCGGAAAUCCAAAUCUGGGUGUAAUUUUAGCUGUAAACAGUGUAGAAAGAGUUUCAGUCAAAAGUCAAGCCUUGAUGUUCACAUGAAAGUUCACACUAGGAAGAAACCUUGCACUUGCAAACAGUGUGGAAAAAGCUUCAAUAGUACAGGAAACUUAACCAGGCACAUGAGAAUUCACACUGGGGAGAGGCCGUACAUGUGCCAACAGUGUGGAAAAAGCUUCUAUCAUGCUGGAAACUUGGCAGAGCACAUGAGAAUUCAUACCGGAGAGAAGCCUUACUCUUGCCCUCAGUGUGGAAAGAGUUUUAGGCAAAAUGGCACCUUUAAAGUCCACAUGAGAAUUCACACUAGGGAGCAACCUUACAGCUGCGAGCAGUGUGGAAAGAGUUUUGGUCAAAUACAAGACUUUAAAACCCACAUGAGAAUUCACACCGGAGAGAAGCCUUUCAGCUGUAAACAGUGUGGAAAGAGUUUCAGAAAAAAGCCAAACCUUGAUGUUCACAUGAGAGUUCACACUGGGGAGAAACCAAACACCUGCAAACAGUGUGGAAAGAGUUUUAGUCGAAAACAAAGCCUUAAAACCCACAUGAGAAUUCACUCUGGGGAGAGGCCGUACACAUGCCAACAGUGUGGAAAAAGCUUCUAUAAUCCAAGAAGCCUUGCACUGCACAUGAGAAUUCACACUGGGGAGAGGCCGUACACAUGCCAACAGUGUGGAAAAAGCUUCUAUAAUCCAAGAAGCCUUGCACUGCACAUGAGAAUUCACACUGGAGAGAAGCCUUUCAGCUGUAAACAUUGUAGAAAGAGUUUCAGUCUAAAGCAGAACCUGAAUGUUCACAUGAGAGUUCACACUAGGGAGAAACCUUACACCUGUGAACAGUGUGGAAAGAGUUUUGGUAAAAAACAAGACCUUGAGAUCCACAUAAGGAUUCACACUGGAGAGAAACCUUACACAUGCACAGAGUGUGGUAAAAGUUUCCCAUAUAAAAGCACACUCAAACACCACAUGAUAAGUCACACCGGACAGAAGCCGUUUGUAUGUGCUCAGUGUGGAAAGAGCUUCACAACCAAAGGUAGCCUCAAGAACCACAUGGAUGGUCACACUGGAACCAUAGUGUUCACAUGUGAUGAGUGUGGAAAGAGUCUCACACGCAAAGACACCAUUAAGCAACAUAUGAAGACUCACUCAGGAGAGCGUUUUAGAUGCAGUGUGAUGAAAACAGAGGAGCGUCACUUUGCAGACGCGUGUGCCAGGCAGUUUCUCGAUGUCGCUAAUCAGUGGGGGAUAGCUGACAAAAUCAGCACUAUUGGAACAGACAGCGCUCCUAAUAUGAUGGCAGCAGGGAGGAUACUGCCAUUCGAGCAUUUGCCCUGUGUUGCGCAUGUUGUACAGAGAGCUAUUGUAAUGUCACUUCGGGAAGGUGGUUUUGAUGGUGCACUGGCCAAGUGUUGUAAAGUUGUCGGACAUUUCAAACACAGUCCGGCCAACUCGGAUGAGCUAAAUGUCCAGCAAGCCUCCCUUGGACAAGUUCAGGAGUCACUCGUGCAAGAUGUUCCAACACGGUGGAAUUCCACCCUUGAGAUGAUCAAGCGUGUGAGGCGCAACAGAGACGCACUGCACACAACGCUCUCAGCAGAAGCACAAUCUGGCCCUCCCAACAAAUGCUGA